AUGGAAUCCACCGCGUCCCUGUCCUGCUGGACGCAGGUUGCGCAGUACUUGGUGUCGUCUUUCUCCCCCACCUCCGCCGCCACUUUCGACUAUGCUCUGGGGGAUGUGCCUUACUCGAUGCAUAUGGUGCUCCCAAACUUGAGCCGGCGUGGCAACACCCGCGCCUUCUUCAACCUGAUGCUGACGUGUCGACAGCUGUACCACGACUUGCCGUGGGCCGUGCCAAAGUGGUGCCUCGUCGACAUGCUUGAAAUCCAAGGAAGUGCAGGGACGUGGCACUGGCUCGACACAUUCCGCAAAGGAGGAGUGCCCUCCCUGCCCUUGCCUUCCUCGCGCGGCGAUGCUGACGCUGCUGAUGGCUCCGCGCAGUCGACGUGGCUGGAGGGGCGCUUCCUGGCAUACUGCUGGCUCGGUGUGACUUGGGACAGCAGAUGCCCCUUUCUCCUGAAAAAGAUGGCUUCGCCUCCAACCACAUCACACUUCUGGCACACGUUCGCCCAUUGCGGCCGCUUGUACUUUGAUGGACUGGACAAGGUGGAGGAAUGGGCUGCCCGCACCCUAGAACUAGAACAACCGGGCGACGACGCGCAUGGAUGGCUCGGCAAAGACACCAAGGAUUGCGUCGCGCCUCGUCCAGAGGUCGAUGCAGACACGGCAAGGUCGGUCGCGGCAACGCACCAGCCUCUCGAACAACAACAACAACAACAACAACAACAGCAGCAGCAGCAGCAGCAGCAGCAACAACCCUGUCGCCCGGCGCUCUUCAAGAUGCAUACGGAUGUAACGGAUGAGCGUGGUGCAGAUCGCUUUGAUCGAGUGCGUACGACGCUCCUGGCUGGGGUGCGCGGUGGCACUGUGGUUGUGGGGGUUUCAAAAUACGAACUACCCCCAGCUGGUCACCGUCCGGUGACGCUCGUAGCAUCGAACAUCGACAGGCUCCACGUCGUCGGAGACUUCGCCACGGUGAUCAAAAAGCUAUCGCUUCGUGACGUGCGCCACGUGCUGGUGUCUUCAAGCGUGACGCUCCAUGAUGUGCAACGUGUGCAGAGCGUUUGGCUACCUCUUAGUCCUGCUUCAAGCAGUGAUGUCAGCUCCGUGGUGGGCAUCCCAAAUGUGAACGUUGAAUGGCAAUGUGGCUGGCGUACGCGGUUUCCUUCUGACGCCCUCACCAGCUCUGUCAAUACCUUGAUUGCGGCUGCAACGGACAGCGUGAAGCUCACCGACCUGUUCUUGUUAGCCGACACCGCCAUCCACGCGAGGCGCGUUCGCCUCGACCACAUGCAGAGCGUUCCAGACCAGCUGCACCUGCCAAAUACCACGUACAUUGAGCUGCUGGCUGGCUCCGGUGUGAAGCAGUUCACGUGUCCUGCUCGACUACAGCGCCUGGUGAUCGACGAAGUCAUGGGCAGCCCCCCUGCCAUCCCAGACUUUGAGCACGCCGCAGAAGUGCGGCUCAACCUGCGCCACGCGCUCACGCGGGACCAGCUCUCCUCCCUUGGCCGUCGCGUCGACAUGCUCGUGCUUGCUGGCAACACUGUGUCGAGCAUGCAGCACGUGGCAGCCAUCCCACGCUCCGUGUACGUGUGCUUGGAGGAUGUCCACGUUGAGGGAAUGGUGCCACCGUGUGUGCGGGAGCUGAAGGUGGAGAUGCGGGGUGACAUAUCCGCCAGCGCUGUGGCCUCUGUGCCACGUCUGCACGUGAUUGGCCGAAAGGAUCCAGCGCCCACAUGGUGCAUCCACGACUGCCACCUGCUCUCGGAGAGAAAGGGGGGCGCGACCUGCCUUGAGCAUCUGGCCAUUGACGGGGAAAUCAGCAAUUGCGACCACCUCGCGCUUCAGGAGUGUCGCGGAUCCGUUGCCGUUGCAUCAAUCGGCUCAUUCACUGCCAUCGCAGCGUUUGUGGGGGUGGACAUGGUGGACGAGACGGGGGUGGAAUACGGACCGAGGGCAUUUGGAGAUUGGAGGGCGCGGCCGCGCAAGCGGCUUCUCCAGCGGCCGCGCAAGCGGCUUCUCCACUUGACGUGCGUGCGGGACGUUGCCAGCUGCGAGCUUAUCGACUGCACGAUCCGCGACUUUUCUCGUUUCCGGGGCGUGCAGCGGCUUGUUCUGGAUGAGUGUAGGUUCGACAGCCUCGACAAUCUCCCGCCAAUCCCUUGUCUCGUCGUGCGUGCAUGCUACACCAGCGACAACGUCCAAUGGCCAGACGCAGUCUUUGUCCAGCGACCAGUUGACGACAUGCGACGGCGGCUGGGUGGCUAACUGUGUAAGCUGUGUAUGUAGUUUGUGUGUGUGUGG